AUGGUGAGAGGAAAAACUCAGAUGAAACGUAUAGAGAAUGCAACAAGCAGACAAGUUACAUUUUCAAAGAGAAGAAAUGGUUUGUUGAAGAAAGCCUUUGAACUUUCUGUUCUUUGUGAUGCUGAAGUUGCUCUUAUCAUCUUCUCUCCAAGAGGAAAACUUUAUGAGUUUUCUAGCUCCUGCAUGCAGGACACGAUUGAACGGUACCGUAGAAAUACAAGGAGUGCUCAACCAUCUCAAAGAUCAGAUGAACAAAAUAUGCAGAAUUUGAAGCAAGAAACAGCAAGUUUGAUGAAGAAGAUUGAGCUUCUCGAAGCUUCGAAACGGAAACUCAUGGGAGAAGGUUUAGGUUCAUGCUCCUUGGAAGAAUUACAGCAGAUAGAACAACAGUUGGAAAAGAGUGUAAGCACUGUUAGAGCAAGAAAGAAUCAGGUUUACAAGAAUCAAAUUGAACAACUUAAAGAAAAGGAAAAAACCCUACUUGCUGAAAAUUCCAGGCUCUCUAAGCAGCCACAGCCGCUGCUGCCACCACCACCAAAUGAUCAUGCAAGAGAAAAUCAACCGUAUGCAGAAAGCAGCAGUCCGAGCUCAGAUGUGGUGACAGAAUUGUUCAUUGGACUACACAGGUCUAGUUGA